AGAAAAGAAAGAAGUCCGCACCAUCGCACACAGCAAAAGUCCAAUCAACUCUCUCAACAGCACAGUUUUUCGCACAGUGUCCCCAAAAAGUGACCGAAAAAGUUAUCGGAUACCCGUGGCAGAGCAUUUUAAUCCGUUCUGUUUCCGUUUUUUCAAAUGUUAUCGAGUCCAGAAAUCGGUCGCGUUCUAGUCCCCCUUCAAUCGGUAGUGUAAACUAGCGGUGCUCUCGUUAUUCGGCUUAGCGAAAAAGAACGCAAUCCGAAAAAUUGCUCUACGACCAUCACACACACGGCCAUCUUGAAAGUCGAAUCCCUCGUCGCUUCUUCGUCGUUCCAUAACACAAACUUAUCUGGCGAUAUUCGCAUUUCAGUCUGGCGGAGAAGCUCAGCUGUGUUUUCCACUGGAACCACCAUUCGUGGACAAGCUGGAAUUUGUCCUGUUGGGUUUUUGGAGCGAAUGAAACGAGGCUUCUGGUUGAGCCAAGAAAAUAACAAAAGACAGGAGAAAUUUUCUGCGGGAGUGACCCCGAUUUUCCAUUAUUGCAAUAUUUUCCGGCAAACUGCGCGGGAUUUCACUGGAAGUACUAUAUCGAGCUGGCAGUAAGCAUUUGGUCCCGUCGGCAGCGAGCAGAGGGAGGCAGAGCAUCGAUUCUUGCUUUGUAUGUCUAGAUUAUGCCUGAUCCUUGCGACCAAAUGUAUACUUAGCCAUGGCUGCGACGCGAAAGUUGCAAGGUGAAAUCGAUCGGUGUUUAAAGAAAGUCACGGAAGGCGUAGAAACGUUUGAAGAUAUUUGGCAGAAAGUGCACAAUGCUACCAACAGUAAUCAGAAGGAAAAAUAUGAAGCCGAUCUCAAGAAGGAAAUCAAGAAACUGCAGAGGUUGCGUGAUCAGAUCAAAUCAUGGAUCGCAUCCGGCGAGAUCAAGGACAAAAGCGCGCUGCUGGAGAAUCGACGGCUCAUAGAAACUCAAAUGGAACGCUUCAAGGUGGUCGAACGAGAGACGAAAACGAAGGCGUACUCGAAAGAGGGUCUAGGUGCAGCGCAAAAGAUGGACCCGGCGCAGAGGGAGAAAGAGGAAAUCAGCAGUUGGCUGACUACGUCGAUCAGCUCGCUGCAGAUUCAAAUCGAUCAGUUCGAAUGUGAGAUUGAAUCGCUAAUAGCCGGUAAGAAGAAAAAGCUUGAUAAGGACAAGCAGGAAAAGAUGGACGAGCUGAAGGGUAAGCUGGAGAGGCACAAAUUCCAUGUGACCAAGCUGGAAACGUUACUCCGAAUGCUGGACAAUGACGGAGUGGAGGUGGAUCAAAUCAAGAAGAUUAAGGAAGAUGUGGAGUAUUACAUCGAUUGCUCCCAGGAACCGGACUUUGAGGAGAAUGAGUACAUAUACGACGAUAUCAUUGGUAUGGAUGAGGUGGAGAUAUCCGGUAUAGGAACAUCAGCCGGCACGGAAAGCAAUAACAGUAAUGAAACGGCAGGAUCUCCUAGCAGCCUAAUGUCCGGUAAUAGCCCGUCGCAAUCGCCGGUGAUGAACUGUAGUGCGUCAACGAUGCAUAACCAUAGCGGUGAGCCGAUAUCCAAUCUAGUGGAUGUCAAUUGCGACAAGCGACCGAAGGAUGUGAAGAUUACGCCGGUGAAACCAACGGCAAUCCGAGCGACUGUGAAGUUGGACCUCAACGCACCUUUAACUGCCGUCGUGAGUAACAACACGAGCAUCAAUACGUCCAAAUCUACUCUAAUCAGUUCGACGCCGAGCAAAAACCUUACAAAUGCUGCCGCAGUGGUAGCAGGGGGCCUUGUACCGAAUAUCAGCGGUAUUGUACCGCCCCAGGCGCCGGCUGGUGGUUUAGUCCAACCAAUUAUUGGUCCGGCAUUUGCGGCUGUGGCGAAGCAGCAUCCUAAAAAUGGUCCGUUACAUCAGUCCAGCGUAACGUCUUCUUCGACUGUGUCGACCGUAUCGAGUUCUUCGACUCCCUCGGUAGUGGUACCUACUGCAUCCGGGGCGGCCGUUAGUAACCUCAGUCAGAUUGUGAAUGCAUCUCAACCUACGCUUAGUCAGCAGCUGCAGGCGCAACAACAACUGCAACAGCAGCAGACCUCUCUUGCAACCGGAUUGCUCACAAAUGCAGCAGCCGUCGUUGCAGCCGGUGUUAGCAGUACCAGCGUACAACCACAAUCUCAACAACCACAACAACCACAGCAGCCGCAACCGCAACAGGUUCCGGGCCAAAAUUCCAUACCACUCCCGCAUGGCGGCGCACUCACGUCAGCGUCCUCCGGAAUCGAAAAUAGCCACGUAAUGACGACUUCUGUUGCGUCGACGAACAGUAGUAGUGGAGCUAACAUCGUCAACAAUUGCGUGUCUCCUAGUAACUCAGCGGUUAGCAGCAGGGCCUCUCCCGGCUUAAUGUCCCCGCCGCAGCAGCCACUGCUGAACGGUCCCACUACACUCGGUAAGAUUGCCAAUAAUGCCGUACCUAUGCAUAUAGCAAGCACUUAUCCGAUGUCUACAUUGAAAACCAUAGCCCAGGAAGUGAUAAAUCGAACUAGCGGAAGCUUGGAAGCUGGCCAACCACCUGUCGUUGGUGGUGCCCUGGUACAGCAACAGCCCUCGCAAGCAUCUGGACAACAGCAGCCCCCAGCAGUACAGCAACAACCACUGCCGCAGCCUGACACGAGACAACCAAGUGGUCAGCAAGCGGGUCAGCCCGGUCAGCAACAACCUGGAAGUCAACAGCAACCACAGCCGCAACCACAGCAACCCCAACAGCAACAACAACAACAACAACAGCAGCAGCAGCAGUCUUUCUCACUUGUGGAUCCGACAAACAGUGCAAACUCUCUGAUACCAACAUCGUCAUCUACUGCCAUCAGUAAUGGGCCGAACACGAUUAUCAAUACUAGCACUAGCAUUGUGACGAACUCAGCGAAUCCAAGCGUCACCAGUGUAGGUAUGAAAGUGAGCGGUACGAACGAAGCACAUAUACCGCCACUACUGGGUGUCGCUCCGCUGGGACCUUCGCCACUACAGAAAGAACACCAGAUACAAUUCCAAAUGAUGGAAGCUGCCUACUACCACUUACCAACACCAAGUGACUCGGAAAGGUUGAGAACCUAUCUGCAGAGGCAGCCCGUGCAAACACCACAACACUACCCGCAGCAACAACUUCCACAUUCUGACACGGUAGAGUUUUUCCAACGCCUCUCGCCGGAAACGCUGUUCUUUGUGUUUUACUACAUGGAGGGCACCAAGGCGCAGUACCUGGCGGCAAAGGCUCUCAAAAAACAGAGCUGGCGAUUUCAUACCAAGUAUAUGAUGUGGUUCCAGCGUCACGAAGAGCCGAAAAUCAUCAACGAAGAAUUUGAACAGGGAACCUACAUCUACUUUGACUAUGAAAAGUGGGGUCAGCGGAAAAAGGAAGGAUUCACGUUCGAAUACAAGUACUUAGAAGACAGGGACCUGAAUUGAUCUAGGAUGAUUAUGGAACUCCUUUUUUAAAAAAAUAUUAUAAAAAAUGGAAAACCGAUCAAUAAAAAUCGCAAAAUAUACUGAAAGCAUAUUGAAAAAACAACAAAGUUUCGCAAAUCGAACACGUACUAAGAAAGUGUACCACAGUCUAUCUGUACAAGAAACUAACAUUUACGAAAACAUUCUACGUAAUUGUAUUUGUGAUGCGCUUUGGCGAGUUCAAAGAAUUCCGUGUGCAAAGCAAGUACUGAAAUGUUGUGUUUUCUGUAUCAGAGAAUCCUUGUGAGUGAGAUGUCUACGAAUUGCUUUCAGAGUCGGCGCAUGUAUGGCAGAAGGUCCCACUUGAAGAGGAAGCAAGAAUUGAAUGAAAUAUUAACCACUUUCAGCUGAAUUUUGAUGAAAGAAAAUUGCUCAGAACAUCGCCCAAAUCAGAAAAUUUACAACCAAAAUCACACACACACACAUAAAACACACACUCGUAUUGUGAAUGUGAAUUGAGCUGCAUGUAAAAAGUCGCCUUUUUGUUUUGUCUGGCUAUGAAAACUCACGUUUUAUCAUUUUAUCGCAUAUUUAUACUGCCAUCCGUGAGAUCGAUGUUAGUUUCGCUAGUAUUGUUUCUUUGACUUGUUUGUUUAAGAUAUUUGAUUUGAGGUCCCAUUGCCUGUUGAAACAAAACGAAUGGAGGAUCCGUGUUGAACUGGAAUUCAAACGUUGACUGUUAUUGAAAUUAUGAUUGAACAUUUAUUCCGACAUUUUGAAAGGCAUCGAGCGAUGUCGCAUGUAAAACAUAUUGGAGCCAGCAUAUUAGUAGAUUAUUUUAUGAAAACAAAUCGAGAAUUACAAUUAACGGUUUUCUCCAUAUUGUAAAUCAGCAGAAACUCGUAGAAUGUAAAGUGUGGCAUCUAGUUUUGCUUAGAAUAGUUCUAAUAAAACAAACAUUGUGACAAGAAGAAAAAAUCAAAGAAAAUCACAAAAAGUAAACUGUUUUUACAUCCGCCAACCUAUUAACUCAUCUCCAUUGAAUAAGCGUAACGCAUUAUUGAGAGCAAAACUCCAGAGUGUGCGAGUAUCCAUUUUAUAAAUACACUACAACACUUACAGUCAACCGGAAAGAAGGAAAAACAACACAAAAAGUAGCAUCUAUCGAAAUAUUAGAAGUUUUGAACAAUACAAUAGUGAUAGCAGUGCUGUUCUUUUUUACUGGAAAGAAAUCGUUACUUUCGAUUCAGCAAGUAACAUGCAUUCAGCGACCACGUGUUGCGCGAAAAAAAAGUAAACAAUACAUCUUAAAUCGCAUCUAAAUAAAUGAAAGUGGUUAAAAUACGUUGUUCUAUUGAAAUGAGAAAAACAUUAGCCCAACCAGAAGAACAAACACGUUAAAAAAGAAAUGAGAAAAAAUGAAACUGCAUUGAAAUGUGAUUUAUAAGUAUAGAUAAAAUAAAACAAAAUACACUUAUAUAUUAAAAAACAA